UUGUAGACCACCAGCAUCAAAGAAACAAAAAAACCUACUCGAAGUUGAGCAUAAACCAGAGCUGAAGUUUUAAGAAAGUAGAAAAUGAUGCAAUCAAGAUUAGCAGCUACUGCAAAAAGAUCGUGCUGGGUUUUCUCGGCGGCAAACAAUCAAGUUCUUCAACGAAAAUUCCUCGUGGCUGCUGCCUCGAGUGGUCGAACUGCUGACCCCGCCAUUCACUCGGGAGAACUUGAAGCUGGCCCUGACGUUCACACUGGAGAACCUCAACAGGGUGCAGAUAACGUGACAGCGGCUGAACCGGCUAGGCACAAACUAGCAUCAGAACACAAACCCAGUAGUGACGUUAUAGAAACCGAGCCACUGGUGACACCUAAACCACCACAUAUCUCUUCUCCGAGGCUUGAAAGUACCGGGCUAAAACAACCCUUAAACCCCCAAGUUCAACAAAAGCGCCGCAACAGUACUAAUGUAGCACUGGAAGACGUGAUCUGCAUCGGUGUAGAUGGCACACCGUUAAAAGAAGACCAAGAAAAGGAACAAAGAGAUGAGAGGGAGAAAACACUUGAUGAAAAAGAGUAUUUUAGUAACCACAAGGCAUCACCAUUAUCGGAAAUUAAAAUAGCGGACACAAGAAAACCGAUAACUCGAGCCACUGAUGGAACCGCGGAUGCAAGAGCAGAUUAUGGGGCUGGAAGAGAUGUGAUUGGGUGGAAACCAGAGCAGCUUGACACUGCGGAGGAAUCCCUCAGGAGAGCUACUGAGAUAUGGAAACAGAAUGCCAUGCGUGGUGAUCCCGACGUGUUUCCACACUCGAGGGUUUUGAGAGAGCUUCGUGGUGAAUGGUUUUGACUUUUGAUGUGGUGGAUUUACAUCAAACUUUGCAAUUAAUUGAUUUUAUUUUCGAAGAUCCAAGUGUUCAUAGAAUAAUGUAAUAACUAAUUCGGAUGUGUUUAUGUAUUUGAGAGAUGUUCAAUAGACAAUAUCUGAGGAAGUUAUUUGGUUUGAGAUAUGUCCUGAUAAAUGUGACUCAAAAAUUCAUGGUCAUAACUAGAAUCAUGAGUGUUAUUAGAAUUUGCCCCAAAAUGUAA